CACACACACGCAAACGCGCUCUUACCCCCCACCCCCCCCAUCAACAACAACAACAACCUGAGCCCUCUGGUGUCAGCCUGGCAUUAGAUUCCACAAACGAGUCCCAGGAGCGAGGGCCGCAGUGGUAGACCCAGGGCUAACGAGCAGCGGAGUGGGGGGGGGGGGGGCGGCCUCGUUACCCGGCCCCUGGAGCCUCAGUCUCCCCAUCCACCAGAGAGAGGCGAAGCCAGCUCUACCCAAACCCCCGACCUCUUUUUAUCCCGCUCUCUCUGAGUUUCCUCACUCCACUCCAAAAGUACGGCCCUUUAUUCACACUCAGAGUCUGGGAAUCCUGUUGUGUUCUCUCCUUCGUUCUGAUUUAGCCGAGCAACAAAUUGGUCUUCAUUUCCGUAUUGAUAUUUCUCUCCCGGAGCUCCGGCUAUUUUUAACUAGCUUUUUUUCCACGCCUCGCCGGUGUUGGUAAGGAGGUGAAGCGGCUCCCGGUUGCCUUGUGGAUGGAGACAGGCUCGUAACGCAGAGAGAAGCACCUCAGUUUCCCCGCUCUCUCCUCGAGCCCGCGUGCUUUUCGGCAUCUCCUCUCCAUCGCGGUGAUGACCGUCCCGGUUCCUGGCAGGCGGAGGACGGUCCUGUGCUGAUCCCGGGGUCGGAGGGAGCGACUCUCGCGGGGCAGUGGUCCUGCGGCCGGAGCCGACCCGACCCGCGACGCCGGCGGCGCCGGACCAUGUCCUGGAAGAGGAACUACUUUGCGUCGGGCAGCAGCGGGCUCCAGGGGAUCUUCACGCCCCGAACCAUGACGUCCAUCGCCCCCAGCAAAGGCCUCAUCAACGAGCCGGGCCAGAACAGCUGCUUCCUCAACAGCGCGCUGCAGGUCCUCUGGCAUCUCGAUAUCUUCCGAAGGAGCUUCCGUCAGCUGACCACCCACAAGUGCAUGGAGGACUCCUGCAUCUUCUGCGCUCUGAAGAGCAUCUUUGCACAGUUCCAGUUCAGCAGCGAGAAGGUCCUGCCGUCGGACGCCCUGCGCAGCGCUCUGGCCAAGACCUUCCAGGACGAGCAGCGCUUCCAGAUGGGCAUCAUGGGCGACGCGGCCGAGUGCUUCGAGAACAUCCUGACGCGGAUCCACUUCCACAUCUCUGAUGAGACCAAGGAGGACAUCUGCACCGCCAAGCACUGCAUCCCGCACCAGAAGUUCGCCAUGACGCUCUUUGAGCAGUGUGUCUGCAACAGCUGCGGUGCUACGUCAGACCCCCUGCCCUUCAUUCAGAUGGUCCACUACAUCUCCACCACGUCUCUCUGCAACCAGGCCAUCCGCAUGCUGGAGUGCCGGGAGAAGCCCACGCCGGACAUGUUCGGGGAGCUGCUCCGGAAUGCCAGCACCAUGGGGGACCUGCGCAACUGUCCGGCUAACUGUGGGGAGAAGCUGCGGAUUCGGCGGGUCCUCAUGAACUCUCCGGAGAUCAUCACCAUCGGGCUGGUGUGGGACUCUGACCACUCGGACCUGGCUGAGGACGUCAUCCACAGCCUGGGCACCUGUCUGCGCCUGGGAGACCUGUUCUACAGAGUGACGGAGGACAAGGCCAAACAGGCCGAGCUCUACCUCGUUGGCAUGGUGUGCUACUACGGCAAGCACUACUCCACCUUCUUCUUCCAAACCAAGAUCCGCAAGUGGAUGUACUUCGACGACGCGCAUGUCAAAGAGAUCGGGCCCAAGUGGAAGGACGUGGUGUCCCGCUGCAUAAAGGGGCACUACCAGCCCCUGCUGCUGCUCUACGCUGACCCCCGGGGGACGCCCGUGUCGGCGCGGGACCUGCCCGCCCAGCUGGACCUGCACCACUACAACCGGCCCUACUACGACAGCGAGGACUCCGGCCGGGAGCCGUCCAUCUCCAGCGACACGCGCACUGACUCCUCCACGGACAGCUACUCCUACAAGCACUCGCACCACGAGUCCAUGGCCAGCCACUUCUCCUCCGACUCGCAGGGCACGGUCAUCUGCAACCCGGACACCGACGCCGCCUCCCACAGCAGCGUGGACACCGCAGGGCAAGGGCCGGACAGUGAGCCAGUUCAGCGGCAGGCGCUGAGGAAAGGCGGGACUGUGGACAGGAAGGGCGGGGCCGGGGACAGAAAGAGGAGCUCUAGUCGCCCGCGGCGGUUUGAGGAGAGGAGCCGCGCGACUAAGGGAGACGAGGUGUCCUCAGCGGGAUACCACAGCGAGGGGGAGACUCUGAAGGAGCAGCAGGCCCCCCGCACGGCGCCCAAGCCCGCCUCCAGCCGCCUGAAGGACUUCAAGGAGACCAUGAGCAACAUCAUCCACAGCCGGCCCCUGUCCUCGUCCAGCCUGGGGCUGGGGAGCUCCGAAUCCGGGGCCAGGGCGCGCGACUGGGAGGCCGAGAGCACCAGCAGCGAGUCCAAGUCCAGCUCCUCCGGGGGGCGCUACAGGCCGGCCUGGCGGCCCAGGCGGGAGGCGCUCAACAUCGACAGCAUCUUCAGCCGGGAGCGCCGGCGGCAGGCGGGGUACAGCCCGCUGGGGUCCGCGCCCCUGCCGGAGGACAGCGGGACGCAGAGCGACGGGGCCGUGGGGACGGGGUCCGGCCUGGGGGCGGGGGCGGGCAGACAGGUGCCCUACGGCGGGGCCCGAACCCUCCCGCCUCCCCCGCUGCGCAGCCUGGACAACCAGCCCCGCCUCAUCCAAAGGAUGGAGAGCGGCUACGAGAGCAGUGAGAGGAACAGCAACAGCCCCGUCAGCCUGGACAUGCCCCUGAGUGAGAGCUCCAGCGCCAGCGGCCACAGGGACGCGGGGGUAAAGAAGCCCUUCAGCUCGGGGCCGUCCUGGAGGAGCGUGCCCAAAUCCAAGAGCAGCAGCGCCCUCCUGCAGGAGCUCAACACCUCCUCCUGGGCCAGCAGCCACAUGAGCCUGGCGGGUGAGGGCCGCAGCGAGCUGGACGAGCUACAGGAGGAAGUGACCCGGCGGGCGAGAGAGCAGGAGCUGCAGAGGAAGAAGGAGAAGGAGAGAGAGGCGGCCAUGGGCUUCAACCCCAGACCCAGCAAGUUCAUGGACCUGGACGAGCUGCAGAACCAGGGGAAGGGGGACAGCUUUGAGCGGUGCCUCGCCGAGGCAGACUCUCUGUAUGAGCAGUCCCUGCAGCUCGAGCAGGGCGACGACAUGGCCGCAGCGCUCUCUGUCUGUAACCAAGCUGUGUCUAAACUAAGACUUACCGUGCAUGAGGGCUGUGCUAACACUCAUAGCAGAGCAGUGGCUGAUAAGAAGCUACAGAGGUGCAUGAGGAGAGCGCGGGGCCUACAGCAACGCAUGCAGGAGCAGGAACAGAAGCACCCCCAGGGGCCUCCCAGUGAACAGCCUGUCCCGGUCCAAAUACUGCUGAUGGACACUCAGGAGGAGGACCAGGAAGCCAAUCAGGACUCCGCCCUUCGCCCGCCCUCCCCUCACCACGUUAAGCCCCUCCCCUCUUGUGGAAACAUGCACCCAGACCCCCUGAGCCACCCGUCUCCCCAGCCCCCUCACCUCGCCGGGUUGCCGCGGAAAGCGGGCUCUUCGGGGGGCAGCAGCGAGAACCUGCCGCCCCCGCCGGGCCCGGGAGAGUGCGAGACGAGAGGGGAGGGGUGGGAGCCCCUCCCACACUGGGAAAGCGCCGAGCUCUCGGACAUCAUCCAGAACUCGGGCCUGCAAGCCAGGCCUAUCCACAAACACAAUGCCGUCUCCUUACCCACGCUGCCCCUGGGUCGCUGGGAGGAGCCGGGCAGUGACGGGGAGGCGCCCCUGCCUUUGCCCCCGCCCCCCCAGGACCUGACGGCCAGCUCAGAGUGGAACUCUUUACACGGCGGUAGCAGCAGCCCCCAGCCACAUAUAGACCCCAGACCCCCCCUCCCGGUGGAGCAGAGCUCAGACAGAGAGUACGGCAGCAUGGGCGAGCAGCACCCACAGGGCUACCCCAGGUCUCCCCGCUCCUCCAGGUCCCCCUCCCGACAGCCCCUCCCCACACCCCCUCUGCAGGACCUCCCGCCCGCUCCCCCCGGCUCCCACCGGACGGCCCCUCCCCCAGACUCCCGCAACUGGUCCUCCUGGAGCCUGGACGGGCCGGGCAGCAUCGACACGCCUUUCUACACCCCUCCCGACGCUCACUAUCAGCCCGCCCACAGCAAGCCGGGGCGCCCCUCCUCCCCCACGGAAGGAGCCAGGCCCGGGCCCGCCAUGCCGGUGGAGCGCUGGGCCGAGAACGUCACGCGCUACUACAACUCCCAGCUUGCCCCUGACCUGGGGAGGGAGUCCCCCAGCGCGGAGCUCUCUGAGCUGGACUCCCUCUACCAGGCCAGCCUGCAGGUUCCCAGCAUACCCAGAGCCCCGCAGAGUGCCAGUCCGCACACUGCUGGGAAGCCAGUGAUGGCAGCAGCGCGGAAGCUGCUCUCUGGGAUGGCCGCGCCAGGCCGCUCCAAGACUCCCACCGCCGAAAUCGAGAGGAGCGCGUACAGGGCCCCGGGCCGCGCCAGCCCCCCCGCCUACAUUCACAAGCCGGUGUCUGCCGUGGCCCCCGAGCUGCCCCACGGCGAGGACGAGUCGUACAGCGCAGAGAACCUGCGGCGCAUCGCCCGCAGCCUGAGCGGCACCGUCAUCGGGGGACGGCCCGAGCACCUCGCCGCCUCCCGCAGCUUAGAGAUCACCAGAAGGUCAACAAGUUUCUGGCUGUGCUUGACCGGCGUGAAGCUCUCUCCCGCGAAAACUACAACAGUGUUGCACUGAGCUACGGCACGCUGCCACGGGCACCUCGGAGGGCAGCCCCGGGGUCCUCGCUGCCCCAGGCCAGGGACGGCGCU